GUAAUCCUACGAUCGGUAAAGUGGAUAACAUGAUUUCUUGUAGGUGGUUAUUGAUAAUAUUACACCAAUAUUUAUAUCAUAUAGAUUUUUACUGAAGUCUAUAAUAAGGAUAAUAAUAUAAAGAUUUAGUGAGAUAGUUUAUUAUAGUGAUAACAUUAAGACUUACUGGGUAGCUGAACUGAUAUUAAUUGCAUAGGUACAAAUUAGUGUGACCAGGAAUUAUAGUUGAUGUGUUUGUAAUUGGUUACAGGUAAACUCUCACCUGCAUGGAUGUUGAUUUCUAUUAAUCAGCUGUUUCAUCUCACCAGAUUUGCUAUGAAGAAGUAGAAGCUAUUAAAAUUGGUAGUGUCCACUGCAAAAAAUUGGAUAAAGAAGACAAAUUGGUUGAAGAGAGCUCUAGAUCUGUAAACUCACUGAAGUCGUGAAGAAAUGAAUGAUGUAAUGGACGACAGUGACGAUGAGGACAGUAAUCUGAUUAGCUGGGGUUGUGGAGAGUUCGGCCAGCAUGGACAUGGUAUUCAGGAAGAUGUUCCUAUAGAUGAUGGUCUCAUUGACAACUUCAUUAACAACAAUCAAGUCAAGAUGGUAGCUUGUGGUGCAAGUCAUGUGAUUGUAGUAACCAAUGAUAACCAGAUACUUGGCUGGGGUAAUGGGAACAGUGGACAACUUGGUAAUGGCACAACAGAAACCAAUUGGCAUCCUAAACCUAUCUAUCUACUUGAUAACCAGAAACCUAAUCCACCAAUAGCAGGAGUGGCAUGUGGUGGCAGACAUACCAUGGUUUGGUUGACCAAUGGCAAUGUGUUCAGCUUUGGCAAUAAUUUCUAUGCUCAACUUGGAUAUGACUUCAAAGAACAAAAUUACAAAGAAAAUCAGUUGAAGCUACCACCAUUAGGUAGAAAAUAUUCUGAUGGCAGCUGUUUAUAUGAGAAAAAAUCUCAUCGUCCUGACCAGACUACUCCACAUUUACUAAAGUUCUUGGUAUAUAGACCAGUUGUGCAGGUUUCCUGUGGGGAGAAACAUUCUGUGUUCAGGUUUCAAGGCGGGUCAAUAGCCUGCAUUGGGUGCAAUACUCAUGGUCAGAUAGGUUCAGAUAACAGAGAGGAAGCAGUGGUUCCAAGGUUCCUGGAUAUAAAUCAACCAAUCAGAUUCAUAGCUUCUGGUGCUAACCAUAACUUGGCUAUAACAGGUGAAGGUCAAGUUUAUCAAUGGGGAUAUGGAAAAUCAUGUGGAGACAAGAACAAGCAUCUCUUGUCGCCAACACUGGUGGAAAAACUAACAAAUGUGGUCAGAGUGGCAGCUGGAGCUAGUCACAGUAUGGCAUUAACAGCGUCUGGAUCUGUAUAUGUUUGGGGAUCAGGAGCUGAUGGUCAGUUGGGACUAGGAGAUAAAAUCUUAUUCAUAGCCACACCCAAAAGACUCAAAGAUUCCAGUUUACACAGAAAAGUCACCUAUAUAUCAUCUGGAGAAUGCUACAGUGCUGCUAUCACAGAAAAUGGCAAGCUGUACAUGUGGGGUAAAAAUAGCCAUUGUAUAUUACCUAACAGACCAACAUCUUUUAAGAUCUGGUCACCAUUCUGUGUAAAUACUGGACUAAAGACUGUCACUACUAUCAGCUGUGGCUCCUGGCAUGCUGUGGCAUUAACUGGGAUACCAGAUCCUGUUUCCUAUUAUACUGACGGAAAAUCAGAUAUAACCGAAGUGGAAAUACAACCAGGCAAAAUGGUAGAUGUUAAUGGAAGAAACAGACACAAGGAUAGUGACGAUACUUCAGAAGAAAGUGAGGAUGAUUUUAAAGAAAGGUUACCAAAUAUUGCCCCGAGGGAAACUGCAUUAGAUGGUGAAGUCGUCCUAUCUGUAACAGUUGAAUAUCCAGAAGAUUUAUUACACAAACGUUUGGUCCACAGUCCUUCUCUAACUAGUGAACAGAAAUGGCAACAAAAUGUUCAGGAGAAACAGGAAACGGACAGAUCAAGACUUGUUAUACAGAUGCCAUCAGAGGCAAAACCUCAUUUUAUAGAUGCUUCAACUUCUCCGAUACCAUUUAGUAGUUCAGAGUCGGAAAGUGAUGGAGCUUUACAUUCUAGUCGUAUUCUUGCUAAAUUAGACAAUAUAGACGAUGAUCGUUUAGAUAAGCUUGCUAAUACUCCGUCACAAAAGUCUGUGUCACGUUAUCCUUUAUUCUUUGACAGACAGAAAACAAAUGCACUCAAAGAACAGCCAUCGUCAGUCGUGCAGUUCAGUAAAACAAACGCUGAAAAUUACACGUUGCCUAGAGAAAAUACAAACUUUAGUUGUAAACAAAUUGAUUUAACAGAAUUAGAAGUUAUUAAGACAAUACAUGAUUUAAAAUCACAGGAGAAAAUUGUUCGGGCAAAUUUGAUAAAUGAAACUGGCCAAACUUUUAUUGAGUCGCCUGUCAGCAAAUUAUGUUCCGACAAUAAAUUGAGAGACAAACUUUUUACCAGAUCUUCAGAAAAGUCUUCACCUACUAUGGACAAUGGUAGAAUUAUUGAUAGUCCAAUUCAAAAAUCUGGUCGCCACAGUGAUACAGCCAUUUUGAAUUUGGCAAUGAGGGACAGAUUGUCUGUCACUAAAUCUCAUCGGAGUGUAGAAAGUGCCUUAGCUGAAUAUUACUCAUUGGAUGAUGGAAGAUGGCCAGUUAAACAGUCAAACAGUAUUCCUAAGAAAGGGGAUGCUGAUUUUGGAAAACGUAUGCCCAGCUUUGUAUGGAGACAAAAGCUGAAAAUAUCCAGGUCCGACACAGUAAUUGGACCAAUCAAAUUGCCAACAAAGAUGCCAACGGCUAAUCAUAUACAGAGAUAUUCAAAUGUGCAUAAUCCAAUAAACUCUCAAAAAACGUCAGAAUAUAAGUCAAAAAUAAGAAUACCAGUUCCUAGACAAGUAAGUAUUCCAGUUGGAAGGGAACAACAACAAAAAACAAACAAUUUACGUGUGGAGGGAAAAACUAGAAAACAGCUAAUGUAUUCAAGUGCUACUUCAUGGAGAAGUCGGGAACAGAACGGAUUGCUGGAUAUGUCAAACUCUUGCCAGUCAGGCUUGCCAUUAUCUAUAGAUUCACAGAACAAACAAACAAAAGGUGGUGAAAUAAAUGGUAAAAUUCAUAGAGAAAACACACAAAAACUGCUCAAUGGACAUGUGAAAAGCCCUAGUAUUUAUCCCAAAGGUGUGUCACCUAUGAAAAGGAGGUCUAAAACAACUUUGGGCACGGCAUUUAACAUGGAACAUUUUCAUACAGCAAUGGAUUUUGUUAAUGAUUUGAAAAUUGAUUCUCAAACUUUGGUUCAAACAUCAGAACAAAAUGGCCAAGCCUUGUCAUCGUUAUCACAAGUGAUUUAGAGAUCAGAUUUGAGACCCAAGUCUCACUCAGGAAGUACUCGUACACAUUCAGCUCCGUCACGUAACAUAAAUUUACAGCUAAAAAAACUGACUGAGCUUUCUAGUCUAAAACUACUGGGUCAUUUCUAACAAAUAACAUAUUGCUAUAUUUUAAUGCUUUGUGAUACUUAAUUGGCAUCCCAUAUAUUUUGUUGUCUUUGUAAGUGACCUUUUUAGUUCAUUGUUUUCAUGUAUUGAUAUCUACUAUAUAAGGGGUACAUGCUCCUAUAUCCAAUUUAAAACUUUUAAUCAUAACUCCUGGAAAUUGAGAGGGAAAUUUUUAGGUCAAAUUAACCAAAGAAUCUUCAGAUCCGAACUUUAUUUUUAUGGUUACAUUGGAACAGUCACUUGCAUUCAGUAUUUGAAAACAGCAAAUAAAAUAGACUGUUUUCAGAAAAAAAUUCUGUUUAAAACCUGAAAUUCUUUGGGGUGCCAUAUCAUAACUUUAUUAAUGUGAGUGCUAUGUGCUAGGGCAUUGGGUGAAAAAAAUCAUAAUAUUUUACAGAUUGUUUUGUCUGGUAAUCAUGGUUAUAAAAUGCAAUUAAUAAAAGUUAAAAAUAUUUCUAUUAUGCCAAUAAGAUUUACAAAAAUGUAAUUUUAUGGUAUGAUUUAAGUAUUGAAUUUUGUUUAAUAUAAAUUUUGUAGAUUUGAACUUGCCAGAAUCAGAUUUAUUGCUGUUUUAUAUAAGAUAUGUUUUAAAAGAAUUAAAGA